UGCUUCAACGUGAUGCAUUUAUCGUAUUCAUUCGACUCAUCCGCAUUAUUAUUAACACUGCUCGCGUUAGUAUCGCUCGACAUCGUGCCAACCACAUCGUUUCGUGUGCAGUCCGUUGGUGUUCGUGGUUAUCUGAAAUGUGGACAAGAACCACUGAACGGAACCGUUGUGAAAUUAUGGGAUGAAGAUGCUGGUUCGAUUUCAAUUUGA